AUGGCUUCUACGCCACCAUCGUCCAUGAAAGCCGUCGUCAUCGACAAGCCCGGAGGGCCAGAUGCGUUACGUUACGCCGAAGACUUUCCUGUUCCAAAACUAAAGGAUGGCGAAGUCCUCGUGCAGACUAAAUACAGCGGAGUCAACUACAUCGACACAUACUUCCGCUCCGGCCUCUACCCAGCCCCUCAGCUCCCACUGGUCCUCGGCUACGAGGGAGUGGGCCAGGUAGCAUCUAUCGGUACCUCCAACCCCCAGGCGCUGAAAGAGGGCGACACGGUGAUCUGGAUGCACCAGAGCACAUACUCGACAUAUUGCGCCGUGCCAGCCGAGAAACUCGUCAAGGUCCCCGAAGGAAUCUCCGUGGAAGAUGCUCUGGGUAGCUAUCUGAUGGGCAUCACCGCGUUGGCUCUGACUAAGGAGUCCUACGAGGUCAAGAAAGGCGACACGAUCCUCGUGCAUGCCGCUGCUGGUGGCGUAGGGCUGUUGCUGUGUCAGCUGGGGAAGGCCGCCGGCGCCACCGUCAUCGGCACGGCGUCGACGGCGGAAAAGUGCGAGACGGCCAGGGCGAAUGGCGCGGCGCACAUGGUCAACUAUAGGGAUAACCCGGAUUGGGUGGCCGAGGUGCAGAAGAUUGCGCCUGAGGGUGUGAGCUGCGUAUACGACGGCGUCGGCAAGACGACCUGGGACGGCUCGCUCGAGGUCGUGAAACGCAAAGGCUCCGUCAUCUUUUUCGGUAGUGCGUCUGGCCCGCCACCUCCACUGGACAUUCAGCGGCUCGGUAAGAAGGUCACGAAGAUCACCCGGGCGGUGGUGUUCCAGUAUAUCGUGACGAGAGAGGAGCUGGAGUACUAUGCCGGAUUGCUGUUUGGACACCUGAAGAAAGGUUCUCUGCGCGCGAAUAUCCAUAAGAUCUACGACCUGAAGGAUGUUAGGCAGGCACAUGUGGAUCUGGAGGGGAGGGUAACGACGGGAAAGUUGCUGGUGAGAGUGGAUACUUGA